AUGGCGCCCAGCCCCAGGGAGGGACGCGGUUAUCACCAGUGCCUGCGCCUGCGGCCUGUGCGCCCGGGCCUGGCUCCUCGGGCGGACCUCGGCAGGAGGCUGGCGCCGCGGCUUCGCAAGCCGCCUCGGCCGGCCCGGGCCCCGGGCGCGGCGUUCCGGGCCAAGGGCAACUUCUACGCGCGCUUCUCGCCGGUCCCGCGCGCUGCAAGAAGCAGUUCCUGGACUUCGGAUCUGUGCUUGCUUGUGAAAAGACCUCACUUCUGUUUCUGCGGCAAGAGGUGCCUGUGA